AUGUGUAUUUAAUUGAUCAAGUUUAACUUAGGUAGGAACGAUAUUUCCAGUUCUCCUGUAGACUCAAAAUGUUUGGCACUGGAAGUUUUCUUCUUGGGAAUAUUAUCUGUCUGCUGAUCAAUAGGAGUUUGGGAUCUACCAAAUUCACCGCAGAAAAUGUAACGUCAUUAAGGAGAGCCUUACUGCAGAAUUAUGAUCCUUAUUUACGACCGCGGUUGCAGCAAGGUGAUUCAGUCGUCCUCAAUGUUAGUUUUGGCGCCAAACGCUUUCAUGAUCUCAAUGAGAAGGAACAAAAGGUUUCACUACUUGGAUAUUUUGAGAUUUCAUGGAAUGACGAAUUUCUUGUUUGGGAUAAAGAAAAUUAUUCAAACAUCGGAGACAUUGUGGUGAAAACAAAUGACAUAUGGUGGCCCACCAUAGCUUUAGGUAACCCAUUCGGGGAUUUUGAGACUCUCAAAAAUCCCUACGGCAUUUUUCGAGUUUCGUCUACGGGUGCAAUAGGCUGGAGUCCUGGGGGUUUGUUUUCUAUCACGUGCGACAUGAAUUUACUGAAGUAUCCUUUCGAUACACAAACUUGUGACUUCGUCUUUGUGGUCCUUGGAUACUCUAUUGAUGACGUCAUAUUUAACAUUAAUCCGAAUAUUCUUGAGGCACAUGGAACAACAGAGUGGGACGUCGUGAACGCAGAGAUGUUUGAUGGUGUGGAAGGAAAAACCGGACUGACAGUUCGUGUUACUCUUGAGAGAAAACCAUUCUUCGUCAUCCUGACUGUGAUAACGCCCCUGUCACUGCUCUCUGUUCUAAAUCUAUUUGUCUUUCUAAUUCCGGUUGAGUCGGGCGAGAAAACGGCCUUUGGUAUAACAACAUUUCUUGCCUACUCCAUUUACCUUUCGACUUUGGGAUCGUCCCUCCCCGAUGAUGCUACACAGAGUCCAUACAUGACUGUGUAUAUAGAAAUCCUGAUGAUCAACAGCGUGAUCAUCAUGGCAAUAGUCAUUGUCCAAACAAGAUGUUUCUUUUACCAUGGUAACAAUCUGGUGCCAUUCAGUCAUGGAAACACUGUCAGCAAUGACAAUACUGACGUAACGAAAAAUGACGACUUUUCAUUUCCAAAGGAACAAUCAAAACAACCCAAAGGAAGAACGUGGUCUAACAGCAUGGCUUUUAUUGACCGGCUACUGUUUUUUGUGUUCCUUUCCAUUUUAGGUGGCAUUAGUUUAUAUUUCUUUGCUCGGAUGACACUGUAAAUUUAUGAUUUACGACGCUUCUAUUGGAUACAAGAAAUUCAAGCAUCACUCACGAAGAUCAUGGAAGGUGAAAAUAACAGUGAUCAAUCUUAUAACUCCUAUAAGUAAUACAAAAUAGAGAGUUGGGCAAAUACGGACCCCUAGACACAUCGGAUUAUAUUUUCUUUCUUGCUUGUCACCUCAGGCGCAGCUUGGAAUGAGAUAUAUUAUAAGUGUCGAAUGUG